UUCCCCUACCUCUCUCUUCACCCCCACUCUGGAGGUGUGGUGGGCGUGGGGAGCAGGGAGCUCCUCUCUUAGCUGCUGUUACUGUUUAGCUGGAGCUCAGAAGCCUGCUUAGCACAGGGUGGCCAUUUUGAUUCCCAGACUUGAUCUCUGCGAAGGAGUAAGCCAGCUCAGGUCAGGAGAAAAAGGGCAGAGCAAUCUUACAAGGAGUGGAAUUAGGAAGGCUCCUCCCUCCUCCCUCUUCGCCUCCCCUCUAGCGACAGUCUCAUUUCCAUGAUCAACAACUGGAAUCCCUGAAGUAUUUAGGGCACUUUAUACCUUUGAAAAAACAAAGGGGAGAGUUUUCUGUCCCCACACCUCAACAAUGAUGCUCAGACAAAGCCUCGUCACCUAAGGGAUGUCCAGCUACCUGGAUCUGAAAAGCGUCCUUUUUUCUCAGACUGCCAAGGCAAUGCUACUGACUUAGGCAGAAGUUAGUCCCCAAGGGGAGACCCCAAAGACGACAGAAAGCAGCGAGUUGACAAUGCAACAAAGUAAAGUACUCCCUGGUCAGGAUGCCACCGCACAGUGGGCCACCAUGAAGAGUUCACAUGAAUUGUGGCUUCUCCAACCUUUCCUCCCUUGAUCACAUUUUCGUCAUAAGGUUUCCUGAGGAUACCAUGACGGUCACAGUGGUGUAUGAUAACUCUGAGGCAACAGAGCUCUGUGCAGCUCAGCACCUCUACCUCAAGCCCAUAGCAAAAUUGAUGAUCAACGUAUUACUCCCAGAGAGUACAGAACCUCUGAGGCCCUUCUCUAACUGGGAAGUUCUUGACCAGCUGAAGAGCCUGAUUUGCCCUGACCAGUUCACCACAGUUCGGCUCUCCAAGAGUACAAAGGACUUCAUCCUAUUUGAGGGUGAGGCUGAAACACGAAGUUUGGUUCAGAUCCUGAAGGCAAAGUUACAUGGGAAGAUCAUCAAGCUAAAUGGUUUGAAAACAGACUUAAAAGUAGUGGCUACAGAUGCCCAGGGAGAGUGGGAACACUUCCCCAAGGAAAAGGAGGCUCCCUCGAGUGAUGGGGCUGAAGAUCAGGACCAUGAUAAUAGCCCAGAUUCCAUAUAUUUCGAAGGCCUGCCCUGCAAGUGGUUUGCACCGAAAGGUUCCAGCGGGGAGAAGCCAUGUGAAGAGAUCCUUCGGGUGGUCUUUGAAAGUUUUGGGAAGAUCAAGAAUGUGGAUAUCCCUAUGCUUGACCCCUACAGAGAAGUGAUGACUGGUGGGAGCUUUGGGAGUUUUAGCUUUGGCUUGCAGACAUUCGAGGCCUUUAUCCAGUACCAAGAGUCAACUGACUUCAUAAAAGCCAUGGAGUCCCUUCGAGGGAUGAAGCUGAUGCUUAAAGGAGAUGAUGGGAAGGCUCUGGCAUGUAACAUUAAGGUUAUGUUUGAUACAACCAAACACUUCAGCGAAGGAGCUAUAAGAAGGAGAAAUCAAGAAAGGCUAAAAUUACUAGAGCUAGAGGAAGAAAGGAAAAAAGAAAAGAAGAGAGAAGAGGAAGAGGCUGAAAGAAAAAGAAAAGAGGAGGAGAGGAAAGCCCAGGAAAAGAGGAAGAAGGCCAGGGUCAGGAGGCGAGCCCUAAAGGAAAGGGACAGACACCGGCACAGGAAACACAAGGACGGAGCCAAAGCUGAGGCGCCUCCGGAGCCCGACUCUUCCGAGGAGUGGGAGGAGAGGAAGUACCUGCUGGCUCAGAGGCGGGUGGAGGCCCUUCAGUUGCUACGGGUGCUCCUGAGGAAAAUUGCAGCAAGGCUCUUUCCCGGUCGUUCUGCAGUCUUGGGAUCCACACAGUUUAAUCCACAGGAGGUAGACGUUGCAGGCCCAGAAGCUAGUCAUGCCCCGAGGAACACAGUGGGAACUCUGAAGAAAGAAGAGUUAAAUGCUCAGUAUCUUCAAAAUCAAGAGGAAAUGCCAAAAUAUCAGGUUGCCAAGUCAGACAAUAAACGAAAACACAAAAUGAAGAAAAGAAUUAGGGCUCGCUUACGUAAAUCUUCCCACCACUUUGGGGGAAAAAAGAUAAGAUAUUCAGCUAGAAAAGAAAGAACUGGAAAAGUGUUAAUCUAUGAAUACAAUCACAGUUUUGUCUCUGACCAUAAUGCCUUGCAGAUUGCAAUGAUUCAAGGUCGGUCUCUGGAGAAAGAAGACCACCACAGUUUUAAUACAUCCUAUUCUUCCAGAUUGUCUGAGAGAGACCAUGGGAGGAAACAGAAAAUCUAUGAAACAGAUGAAUUUAUUGACUAUCUACUAAACUAUUACCAAACUCCAAAAUAUUCCCGUAUCUGCUUACAACCAAGUCACAUAACAAGCACGUGUCAGUGGCAGAGGGCUGUCCAUACUAAGGGAAAUGGAUUUCAAAUCAAUUUGAGAAAAUGUAAGCCUCACUCAGCCAGUUUGAGCCAAAUGCAAAACCUGGAAAGGAGACAACAGGUUCAAGAAGAUGAUUACUGGGCAAAGAUUUGUACUCAUGGUCUUGAGCAUAAACCACAAAAGAGAGGAAAAGUAGAUUAUGCCAAAGAAUGUACUAAGGAGGUUAAAAAUCAUUGCAAGGACACAGCCAGUGAAACUGGUGAUCAGCUGUCCCCAACUGAUGGAAAAAGCCAUCUUUUGGAAAAGACUCAUGCUGACCAGGUCAAAGAGUCCAAAUCCGCAAGUCAAAGCCGAGCUUCUUCACCCAACAGGUCAGCAGACUUAGAUUUGGAGUUGACAGAUUUCUUAGAGGAAAUUAGUAGUGAUUCUGAAUGCUUUAGUGAAACCUUUAGCAUAAACAAAGAGGAGAAAGAGAAAUCUGUGGCCACAUAUGAUAGCUUCCCAGAAAAAGCUUCUCUUGAUGCUGAUGAAAUUGUCACUUGCAAUCGAGAAAUUAGGUCAAGUCAGCAAACCUUGUAUUCAAAGUGGAAACAUGAUGGGGAAGAAAAAUACUCUAAAUACAAGCUUCAAAGACCAGGCAAAAGGUCCAAGUAUGAAGUGAGAUAUUCAUGGCUUGAGAGUGAAAACAAUUCCAUUAGAGACUGGGAGAGCAACAGCGUAAAGAGGGAGAUACUAGCCCCCAAAUACUUGUUUGAUGAAGGCUAUUACCGCCAAUCCAGUUCCACUGGGCUAUUAGAUGACAUCACAAGGAAGAGGAGGAGGUUUAGUAAUAGCACAUUUGACCAGAAAGUGAACUAUAGGCCCUCUUAUGUGCCAAUAACAUCACCAAAAAAUGCUAAUUCUUUCUAUUUGGGCAAUAUUCCUAAAAGAAGAGAGACUCCAUGGAAGUCAGAAUAUAACCAGGAUGCAAGAAGGUUUAAAAGAUAUGAGAAUUCUCAAGAUUUCAUGCUGAAUUCUGAUAAUUAUUAUAUUAGACAGAGCAGUCAGGGGCACAUUGACUAUGGAAGCUAUUUAGGAAACAACUACACUAGUUCUUUAUAUUUUCAAAUGUUUUGAUGGUCUCUUAGAUCAGGACACCCUUAUUCACAAUAAACAAUUUGCAAGAAAAUUUAAAACCAAAUAUAGCUAUGUAGUUAGGAAUUACAGAGCAAGAGAGUGACAUUUAAAAGCUUGAGCAAGGUCAAAUACAAAACCUUGUUUCCCUUGCCAAAGUAUAAAACAUAGAUCAAAAUGACUGCAGGUGUGUUAGCAAGAUUUGGAAAUACAAAACAUCCAGAUUCUGAAGCUUGGUAAACCAAUGUGCUUGCAAAACUUCUUUAUCCAAGGACAGACGUUUCUACAGUUCAACUGCAACUUUAAUUUGGUGCCAGCAAAGGAGCAAAUUAACAUUGAGAGGAGUUGAGAUAGCCCUCUAUGGCUCUUUAGCUGUCGUAAUGUCAUUUAGUACCAUUUAUCUUCAAAGGGGAGAACAGUGAACAAAUAAGGAUCUUUUCACAUGUUCUUUGAUUUGGUCAGAAACACCACAUGCAGCAACAAACUUUGCUGAUUUUUAUCUAGAAAUAACCAUAGAUAAAAGGAGAUGACAGCCAGGGCAUAUAAUAGACUUCUCCGUGACGUUAGAGGGUUUCACAAGCACCCACCAGAAGGAAAUUAAUCUUAUCAAUAUGUUCAUAGUACUCGAAGAGUUGUCUCUUUAGAAACAAAGUCUUGGAAGAAUCUAAAAGGGGCUCAGAUUGUCCUUUGAGGCUUAAAUGGAUAGUGGACCAUUAGCAGAGUUGUUUUUUGAAGAACCCCAUGUCAUUCCAUCCUAGAAAAGCAACAGGAUUGAAGUGAUGCAACCAGUGGGAUUUGCAAAAGAAAAUAUUGAAAGAUCCUGGAGCACCAGUAAUGGCACUUGGGAAGAGAGGACAUGACAGUAUUCCAUUUCAGGUUAUGUAAUCCUUUCACUCAGGGUUGGGUGACAUCAGUUUGUAAAAAGCCACUGAAUAUCCCCAAACUGACUUUUAUAAAACAGAAACAAGUGCCUCCUCAAUCCUCAAUAAUGCCAUCGAGUUAGGAAGAGUCAAGGGCAAAGCCCAUAGUUUUCUAGUUGGGAAAAAAUUGUAUGUGUGCAGGAUUUGUAAACUCGUAACAUAAGCAAUUUAUCUUUUUACCUCCUGGUUUUGGACUUCUUGAAUAUGUUUUUAAAUUGAGAUAUUUUAUAGAUUCCUAAAGACUUACAUCUUAAUGCAGUGCAUGUUUUGUUGAAAGCUUGGCUGAUUCAUUCCACCUUAUAUUGGAUUUAGGACCUCAGGGGCAGUAGAUGACCUUUUUUUUUUUCCCCAACAAAGCUAUGCCUGACUUGGCAAUUGAAGACAUCAAUGAGAUUAGACUGCCUGCAGCAGGAAAAGGUGAUUUUAAUCCACAGAAGUAGUGGAAGGCAACAUUUUCAUAUGCCAUGAUUCAUUUCAGACAGUCUUAACUUGAUAUUCUGUAGAAAAGCACCAGCUGGUAGAGCCAAGGUGGGAUGCCAGUCCUUGUGGUUGCCCAGAAUGACGAGGCAUGAUGUGUGCUCAUAACCAGCCUCUUGAGCAACCUGAUAUCUGUAGGGGCUGCAGAAUCUUCUAAUUUAUCUAAAGUAGGAGCCACAAGUGGUUUCACUGAUCUCUUCUAAUCACAUUUAAUAGAGGUAUGCUAGUACGUACAAAAGUUCAGAAAUGAAUGCACCAUAGCAGAUUAUGUUUAUUAUUAAUAAGAUAAUAACCAAUGAAUGAUUUGUUGGCUCUCUUGUAUUCAAUUCCACUUUCAAGCCGCUGACUCUGCCAUCGAAACUAGGUUUGGCUUGUCAAAUCUGAAAAAUCACUCAUGGGGCGAGUGCCUUUUCUCCUCCGAGGACUAGCAGUGACCAUUAAUGUUCCAAGUACUGUUGUCCAGAGUAGCCUUGUAAACUACUAACAGCUUGUAUUUUGUCAGACAACUUUUGGUAAGUAGAUAUUAUUCUCCUUCAAUGAGACCCUCCCUCCUUAUUUUUUCAUGUUUCAUGCCAUUAAAACAAAGAACAUUACGGGUUUGUAAUGGAAAGCAGCUAUGCUGGUUUUGAAAAAAAAAAUCUCAAUUUCUUCCAUAAUUUUUCUUUGCAGAGAUUUUAGGCAUGAAACCAAUUUGCUGCUCAGUAACCAGACAUAAAAAAGAAAUUGCAGAAUACAGCAUGUGCAAUUUUUUUUUAAAUAAUAUAACUGGUGCUAAGUCACUUCUAUAAAAUAUCUUUGUCUUUUGUUUUGUUUGCUAAAUACCAUCCUGGGACCUAGAAGAAAGUAAAAAUACUGGUUUUAUGUUUACUUUCUGUACAACCUUGGAUUUUUAUGACUUGUGGUAACGCAUUCUAGGUUUGAGUAAACCUCUUUUUGGUGUAGACUUUUGACAAGGAAGAGAACAACUGAUCUUGUAAUUUCAGUUGAAUGGCUUAGUAAGGAAUGAAAAGAACCGAAAAUAUUGUAAUCACUUUCUAUUAAUUAGCAUUGUUAUUCCUUGUUGUACUGUUAUUUAAGUGGUGCAAAAGUAUUUUCUCAUAUCUUCUAUGUCCUAUUAAGUAAAGGCCUGAACUUUAAACUUCGUCUUUUUAAAUGGAUGUUUUCAGGUUUUUCCUUGUAUGUACUGAUAGUGCUUUAAGAAACUGAACAUCUGUCAAUGUGUUUCUGUUCAAUUUGUUUGAAUUUCUCAGGUAGAAAGCCAUGUAACCUGGUAAUUUUGAAAAUAAGAACCAAAUAAAUGCAUUUUUAUUUGUUGCAAGACUGUUUAAAAAAUGUUAACUUUUAAAUAAAUGCUGAUAAUUCCUCUUUGGGGGGGAAGUUUCUA